AUGGACACAGACACAGGCAUGCACCAAAACCAACACAACAACCAACAGUUCAAAAUCCAGCACAACAACAACAACAACCAACACAACAACCAACAGUUCAAAAUCCAGCACAACAACAACAAACAGAGCAAAGACAUAAAAGAAGUAGAGAAAAAGGAAACCAAGAAUUCUUAA